UCACAUGGCCAGAACAAUCCAUCUACAGCCUAUUCUUUUUUUCAAAGAGAAACAUUAGAAAUCAACCAUGUCGAGAUUGAGCUUGUUUUGCCUGGUUUUGGUUUUAGCCAUAACAUCAACAAUGGCUCAGCCAUCUGACAAUGACACGAGUCCUCCUGUGCUUGAUGUUAAUGGACAGCCCCUCCAGAGAGAUUUGGAGUACUUAAUACUUCCUGAAAACAACGCCAGCGGUUUAACAUUAAUCAAUCGCAACAACUCCUGUCCCUUGUACGUUGGGCAAGAAGACAGUUCUGUGACACAAGGUUUGCCUUUAGUCUUCACACCAUUCCAGGCUGAAGAGACUCUCAUCAGGGAGUCUCACGACUUCACGGUGGCGUUCCUGGCAUCCACCAUUUGUGCACAGUCCACAGCUUGGAGGGUAGGCGAGGAAGAUCCUGAGACGGGGAGGAGACUGAUUGUUACCGGAGGAGAAGCGGGAUUCUUCAGAAUUGACAGGAAUGGAACUGAAUAUAACUUGGCUUGGUGCCCUUCUGAGGCUUGUCCAAAUUGCAGGCCGAGGUGUGGAAUUGCUGGAAUUUUGAUUGAGAAUGAAAAGAGAUUGCUGGCCCUGGAUGGCCCUACAGUUCCUGUUGUGUUCAGGAGGGCUGGCACCGCUUAGUUCAUUCAAUUGUUGGUAUAUUGUAAUAGUAAAUAAGUGGGUGUCCCUCCAAGCUGAAUAAAAUAUGUACUUAUCUUUAUUAGUA